AUAAUACGCGGGCGCGCACUUGCAGCGCGCUCGGUCCCUUCGCGGCUGGCCAGAGAGCAGCGCGCGCGUGUGGCUCCAUCGACGUGGAGGAGCCGCUGGCCGGUGCUGCCACAUCACGGCGUCGGCCACGCGCGAAGGGCCCCGGCAUGUGGCUCCCUCUGCUCGUGGGCGCCCUCGUGGGCGCCCUGCACCCCGCCGCCCCCUCCUGCCAGCCCGGCCAGGGGGCUCAAGGUAAGGCGAUCAGCCCCAAAGCGGCGCUUCGGGAGAGGGGGAGCUGGGCGGGGGGGGGGCGCUUUUGCCAUUGAAGCGCCGGCUCAAGGGCUUCCUCCUGCAGAGCAUAGCAGGAUCGCCCCGUCCCUGCAGCGGCUGACGCCUCGGAGGAUGCGGAGAGACGUGGGAUUUCCUCUUUCCAGGAACAGAGUCUUGGCCAGACUCACUAAUCCAAGGGGACGGUCCCUCGCCUGUAAUUGUGUGCGCGCGCUUUUGGUCUCCUGGGCAUUUAACUUUGAGCGCGGCCCCCUUCAAGUCUGAAAGAGAUAAGGAGGAAAGGGCUCCUUAAAACCAGUAAGUUUCAUUCCCCGGUGCCUCCGUCUGCUGCGCGCUCCAUCGGGCCCUGGGGAGCCAUAAGGGGACUUCAGCUCCCGGUUGGAGGAAGCAGAAAGAGGGGGCUAAAGGGGGGGCGCGCGGCUCUGCUCAUCUUCUCUUCUCCUACUCGCUGCCUUCAAGAACUAGGUUUUAAGAACCAGGUGGGCGGACUCUGUAAGAGCAUUCUUUUUCCUCUUGUAUGAUACUCAUCUCCAUUCUUUCUGUUUAUUAUUAUAAAUAUUCGGAAGCUCAAAAAGUUUUGGGGGAGGGAACUGAUUUCCUUCAUUGUACCCAGUUCCACAACCUGCCCCUAGAACGCAGCCAGGGAACUGAUCCCAGCCUUGACAUUUAAUGCUGGUAGGCUUGGGCCAGCAACGCAGGCAGCAGGGUCCCUCAUGGCAUAUUUUCGUGGCAUCCCAUGGGUCUUUCAGAGCCAAGGAACCUGCUCCAACCCUGAACUGGCCUCCUUGGGCAAUCUGAGCCAAUGGGGAGAGUUGGCUUCCUAGCAAGAGUCAGGAGAGGAGCUUGGUGCAAGGAUGGGCAUCUUAUCAAGCAUCCAGCUCUGUAAACCAGCACCUUGACUUGGAGCCAAAAAUCGACUGGGAGCUGGUGAAGAUGGCAAAACAAUAUGUUGUGCUCAGACAGCUCAGAUUCAGUUAACAGUCUUUUAGCCAUCAUAUAAACUAAGUGGAGUUUCUUCACUGUUUUCAAAGGCAACUCUAUGCCUACCGUAUCCGGGUAGGGCUGUAGUUGUCAUGGCAGUCUAACCUGGAAAAAGGUGCUCCUGCUCACAGUGGCCACUUGUCUCUCUAGGGCCGGGCUGGUCCAUCCAUAAGGCAAGGUGAGGUGACUGCCUCAGGCGCCAGGACCCACAGGGGCAAAAGAUCAGACGUCCAAGGAAUGCAUCGCCCACUGCUGCCGUCACAGUGGUAGCAAUGGCUACAGCACAUUCAUUGGAGGUCAGAUCUACCUCCCUCCUCGGCAGCCCCCCCCCUUCCAAUGCUGCUUCUACAGCGGCCUUUUGGGGAAAUAGGAGGUGCUGCUAGUCUCCUACUCCCAGGGAGAAAAUGAUGGGGGGCUGCCUGCUGGGUUCUCCUGGGCUCUGUGUCCAUCCAGCAGGAUUCAGAGCAGGCCUCUUCUCUGCCCACCCCUACCCCCCCAUGGCCUUUGAUUCCCACAACUGUUGGAUGAGUUUGAUUUGAUCCCCCAUCCUGUUCCCGAUGUAGAUCUUUACUCCUCCCCCAUGUUCCUGAUGUAAAUCUUCACUCACCCCUUCUUCCCUUGUGGUUCACCUCAGGCGCCACAAUGUCUCAGGCCAGCCUUGUUUCUGCAAGGUCAGCCUGACAUGAAACAGGGCCUAUCCUGAUGACAUUGGGAAAUGGGCAGGUUCCUAAGGUAGGAGAUGGUCCUUCCAGUAUCCUAGUCCUAAGUCACCAGCACUUUGAAGUGGACUUACAAACUGACUAGCAGGUCAUGAAGAUCUAGCAAAGAAGUCACAUGUUCCUAGUAUCUGGAAUCAGUCAAAAGUCUGACUGCAGCAUUUUGCAAUCAGUUGAAGUUUCUGGACACUCUUCAAAGGUAGCUCCAAAUGAAGAGCAUUAUAGUACUCUUUGAUAUGACUCAGUUAUGUGUGACCAUGGUCAAAUCUGCCUUCUUUACAAAUUGCUGAAGCUGGUGUACCAGUCUCAGCUGGGCAAAGGCAGUCCUUGCCACAGCAGCUCCCUGAGCAUUCAGGAGUAAACCUGGGUCCAGGAACACUACCUAGCUGCACACCUGAUUCUUCAAGAGGAGUGCAACUCCACAGCAGUGGAGCAAGCCAAAGCAAAUUGCAUCUGCACUGACAGAUCUAGAGGUCCUACUAAGCAAGGGCAUUUGUCUAGAUGGAUUUUCUCUCUCUCAUUCAUCCAGCCAGCCAGCCAAUGACCUAGAGUGGCCACUUAUGCACUGCCGCAAGGAGGAUAAAGGUAAAGGUAAAGGACCCCGACAGUUAAGUCCAGUCGCAAAUGACUCUGGGGUUGCGGCACUCAUCUCGCUUUACUGGCUGAGGGAAGUGACGUUUGUCCACAGACAGUUUUUCUGGGUCAGGUGGCCAGCAUGACUAAGCUGCUUCUGGCGAACCAGAGCAGCGCACAGAAACGCCGUUUACCUUCCCGCUGGAGCGCUACCUGUUUAUCUACUUGCACUUCGACAUGCUUUCGAACUGCUGGGUUGGCAGGAGCUGGGACUGAGCGAUGGGAGCUAACCCCGUCACGGUGAUUCGAACUGCCGACCUUCUGGUCGGCAAGCCCUAGGCUCUGUGGUUUAGACCACAGCGCCACCCACGUCCCACAAAGAGGAUAAACAUCACCAAAAAGAGGAAACGAAUUUGCAUAAAACAUACAUGCUAAUGUAUAUAUGGGUGCAAAUUUCAAAAUUAAAAACUGGAAUUUAAAUUUUGGUGGUACCUCCAUCCCUUAAGACAAAAGAGCUACACACAUAUCCAUAGCACCCCCAGUUUAUUCGUAGCUGUCUCCAUAUAUCUCUGUAAACUGAGUUGCUAUUUUAAGGCCCAGGAGCAACCUACCCAGAGUUGGCCCACCCACCCAUGAGGCAACGUGAGGUGGGCUCUUCAGACAGCAGAUGUGGGUCUGAGGAGUGUGGGCUUGCCUACUGCUGCCUCCUCUUCUGCUGUGAGUGCACCCCCACUGCUGUAGGCACCCCACCCCUGCUGGCUCCUCUGGCACAGGUACGACCUGCCACUGCUGCUGGUGGUGGUGGCAUAGCACAGCUGUGAAGGAGACAGUGGUGGUGCUAUGGCAUGCUUGCAGAGGAGGAAGAGGAGGAGACAGGGCAUCCCAAGCAAAAUGUCAAAGGGCAGGAUGGCCCUGACCAGCCCUGCUUCCCCCCAUUACAUGUGGGUCAUCUGGCUACCUGGGGCUGCUACUCCCAGAGAGAAGAGGAGGGUGGCAGCCAUGGCCAUAGCUCUCCACAACUAACUUGUGGUAGCCAAGGCCCCAGCUGUAGCUUGCAGGAGCAGUUAGAAGUGCCCCAUCUCUACUUCUAAGCGCUGGGUCAGCUCAGUGGCAGACACAGGCUCCAGUCAUGUUGCUAGGCAUGGUGAGGCCCCAUCAGGGGAAAAGGAGAGGAAGUUGGAAAACCUGCCUCCUUUUCUUUGUUUAUUUUUCCUUUCUAUCCAGCUGUAGCACUUACCAUUGUGCAUUAUGUCCAUUCAUCAUUUCUAUUUUAUUUUAUUUUUUAAUAUUUUUAUUGGAUUUUUGUAUAAGCAAGCUUAUAAAAAACAAAACAAAAGAGAACUCUGGAUCACAAACACAGGAUAUUGGAUUCAGGUCAAUAGUGCAUAUGUAAAGGGUACAUGAAAGUUACAAAUAAUAAUAGUAAUAAUAAUAAUAAUAAUAAUAAUAAUAAUAAUGUCAGUGCUUUUUUAAGGACCACAUGCGCCAUAUGUCCAGGGAAGCAGCAGGUAACAUUUGAUGCAACUGAUAGGUAUUUGCAUAAAAGAUGAAUUCCUCCCAUGCAGAAUGAAAAGAGACCAGUUUUGCAGUGCCAUUAAUAGCCCUAAAUGCCAAGUUAUCUUUUCUAGCAAAGCAAAGUUCCAAACAUUAUUCAGUCAUGAGGAAAUACAGAGGCCAGAUAACGUUUUCUAUUUUUGGACGAUAGAAAGGCUUGCAGAAUUUAAAGUUUGUUGGAUUUCAUGUCAUUAUUACUACCUUCAAACAAAGGCAAAAGUGAAUAAAUUCAAUUUCUUUGAAAACUGCCAACCUAAAUGAUUGAACCAGGGGGCACUCCCACCAAAGGUGGAGGUAUGUACCCCAUAUCCUGCAAUCUCUUUAGCAAUCUGGGUCACGCGGGUGGUGCUGUGGUCUAAACCACUGAGCCUGGGGCUUGCCGAUCAGAAGGUCAGUGGUUUGAAUCCCCGUGAAGGGGUGAGCUCCCGUUGCUCAGUCCCUGCUCCUGCCCACCUAGCAGUUCGAAAGCACGUCAAAGUGCAAGUAGAUAAAUAGGUACCGCUCCGGCGGGAAGGUAAAUGGUGUUUCCGUGCGCUGCUCUGGUUUCGCCAGAACCGGCUUAGUCAUGCUGGCCACAUGACUUGGAAGCUGUACGCCAGCUCCCUCGGCCAAUAAAGCGCCGCAACCCCAGAGUCAUCCGCGACUGGACCUAACAGUCAGGGGUCCCUUUACCUUUUACAAGUCAUAUUGGAAAGUUAGAUUGGUUAAGUUUAACCUAUGGUUAAGUUUUAGAGAAAGUUUCCUUCCAUGUGCAGAGAUAAAUUCUGUUGGUCUACUUGUCACCCAUCCAUCAUUCCUUACAGGGUAAAUUCCAGAAAUACAAAGCUGAAGAAACUAUGUAACUAUGCUGCAUUGGAAUGUACAUCCCGUUUUUUUUAAUGUGUGCAGUGGCCACAAUAUCUGCCUUGUAUCUGCUGUACUUUGAAACAGCUCCACCCGUUUUGAAUCAUUUUGAUUCAGUAUUUGGGUCCAACUCUGAUAUGUUAAAUUUGAAGCUGCUUCACGCCCACUGACUAUAAUGGGAGAUAUAAAACUUGCUAUUAAUUCCCCCAUUUCACAUAAGUGGAUGAAAUUUGCAGUCAAAGGAGUGGUUUAAACCUGCUUGUUCAGGCAGAUCCAUUCAGGGGUUUUUUUGCUUAGGAAAUCUUUAGGGCUGUAUCCAAGUGAACAGUUAUGCUUGCGCAAUAACGUUUAGCUGUGCAAUGUAACUUCCCCACUCCCUGCACUCCCCCCACAAAAAAAAUCUGCUCCAGAAGGUUGGGGGAACCCCUGGACAAAAUUUGGCACAAGAAGAGGGAAAAUACAUUGUGCAGCUAAAUGUUGUUAGCAUAGCUAACUAGCAUAGCUGCUUAGUUGGGUACUGCCCAAAGUCUCAACUUUUUUCUGAAUUAGAUGCAAACCAAAGACAAUUUAAAACUGAAGACAAGGCCCCCUCUUCUGUUUUUUUUAAAAUGAUAUUUAUUGAAAAUUUUUUAGAAUUACAAAAAAGAACACAGCAGAAAAAGAAAAAAGAGAAAACAAAGAAAAAACAAACCACAUCAAACAAUGUAGAUUAAAAAAAACCAAAAAUACACCACAAACAGAUAAAAACAAAUCCAUCAUUCUCGAAUCCUCAACUUUCAUUACCUUCUUUCUUUGACCUCCUCCUCCUCCCUUUUUUUGUAUCCUAGUUAUUAAUUAUCGCAGCAAAUCCUUUCCAUAUUUCAUAAUAUUCUGUCAUUACAUUACCUUAAUCUAUUUUCAUCUUAUCUUAUAGAAAACCUUAAAACUUAAAACUUAACUCUUAUUUUUACCAACUUCUCAUAACCAUAAUAUUCUUACCUAAUUCUUUAGACAUUUUUGCUAGAGCCAAGUAAUUUCGUUCCAACAUUUUUCUAACAUUCAUCAAUUUUAUAAAACAAUCCUAGUAAUAAAAAGAAAGAAAUAAAAACAAUCCAAUCUUCAUCCAGCGUCCCUUCCUCCUGUCAGUCCUCUUUAUCCCAUUGAUCUAGCGCAUUAACCUGGUAACCUUAUAUCCGAGGCCCUUAAGUCUCUUCCAUGUCCCUUCCGCAGCUCUUCUUCAUAUUCUCCUUUCACUCGUGGGAACUCCAGCUUGGUAAUGUUUUUGACCCUUUUCAACAAAUCAGCCCCUUUUCCAAAGUCCAGACUAAACUCCAUGUGGUAUUUAAAAACAUGUUUCAGAAUCCCUCCAAGAUUAAGAGCCCCCACAGCCCCAAACAUCUCACGGCCCAUUGCCAGACUCGGAAAGUCCAAACAUCCCUGCAUAGGGGGAUCUAUCCAACCCCCCCAUUUCCAAACCAGUCCAAACCUUAUCUUUCCGAAUCUGGCUUUUUCCAAGUUCAUUUGUCAAAUCCAAAAGCUCAUGUUCCUGCAGGGCCACAGCUCCCUCCAUCUCUGGCGCCCAAGAUUCAGCAACAUCCUCUUCUCUCAUCUGUUCUGUCAGGGCACACUCCUGAUUUAAUUCCUGGGUGGGCUCCAUAUAGUUUCCCACUGCCUGUUCAAAAAUUCUGACCGCAUUAGUCAUCAAAUCCGUAUUCUCAUUUAACUGUUCCAGUAGGGCAUUUGUUUUACAGAGAGCACACAACAGAGCUUCUGAAUACAUUGUCCUACAAGGUCACAAGUCUAUUUCCCACGAUUGUAAUCUGUAACAGCUGCAAGCUCCCUGGAAUUAGUUACAGUUUCACAGUCUCCCUCUAGGGGGAAAACUUCUAUUUGUUCUUUCUUUUAAGGACGAAUCUAGCAACAAAGUUUCCUUUUUGAGAUAUUUUGUCAAUAUUUGUUCCUUUAAAAUGCGAAAGGGAACAGUGGAAUCACUAUGUUUCUCUUCUUUUAGCUAUCUGUCAAAAGCGUUUGUCUCUGGUCAAUGAGCUUCAAACGUCAGUCCUGACACCCCGCUCCAGGAUCAGGACGGUGGAAAGUUACUUUACUUUAAACUCACUUCUGCAGGUUUAAACAGUCCGAAAAGAUCCCCUCCUUCUCCUGCUUCCGAAGGGGGGUUCAACAAUUUUAAAUGAUGAAAGUUAAUCUUUUAGAAGCGAUUUUCUGAGCUCUAGUUUACGUUGUCUUUGCUUUAUUCUGUCUACAAAGAAACGGAAGGCUGACUUCCUGUUUAGACCUUCCCGUUUCAGUGCCAAAUUGAAGUGAAUUUUUAAGUCCAAUUCCUUUCUGCUCGCAAGUCCUUAUUUAAAGUCCAAUUGUCCGAAAUUUAAGUACUCACGGGUGAUUAUUUUAGAAGCCAAAUUGUCCCAGGAAAAAGGCAGCGCUCUCCGGCAACGGCUAUGCGGCUUCGCUCCACGGAAAAAGCAGUUGACUCUCAGCACCGCGCCACUUCCCCCUCUUCGCUUCGGAGCCCGUUAGUGGGUUCCUUUGCGGGUUGGGGGGGCGCUAAGGGUGCCCGCCGAGUCCCAUGGUCACAGGCUUCAUCCGCCUGUGAUUUUUAAAAGGGUCCCCGCUUCGCCGUAGCGGAAAAGACCCGUUUCGCGCGGAGCUAGUCCCUCCAGAUCAGAGGGAGUCUGCCAUUGCCGAUGGCGCCACCCCGGAAGUACAAGACCCCCCUCUUCUGAGGGGAUGAAGACUGCCAGAUUUCAGAAAAAAAAUAGACACAGCAGUUCUCCUACAAGCUCACACUUUUGUUUUCCCACCCUAAACUGGCAAUCAAGUUCUCUCCCUCAGUUUGUUAUGGGCAAAAUCAGUUUGAAAACUGGAGAUAUGAAGGUGGCAGUCCUGGGUAAGAAACUCAACGAAGUUCAUACAAAAGGUCCAGGGACUUUUUUGCUAGGUGAUUUUCUCAUCUCUCUCUCUCUCUCUCUCUCUCUCUCUCUCUCUCUCUCUAUCUAUCUAUCUCUAUCUAUCUAUCUAUCUAUCUAUCUAUCUAUCAUCUAUCUGUCUAUAUCUAUCUAUGGAAAUCAUGCUUUUCAGUCCUUUCUGAAAGUGCCCUUUGUGAAGAAGAGAAAGAGAAAGAAAUGAUUUUUAAUUGUUUGGUAGGAGGAAGAAUGAUUGGGAAGGAAGCAAGCUAUCCCAGUAGUCAACUCUAGCUGCUUGCUUUUCAUAGCCAAAUGGAUUGUGUACAAGAAUGACAACCCAACUGAAGAACAACUGUUUAUUUACUUCAACAUCUUUCCCCGCAAACACUGUGAUUGCAGUGCACUGGGGAAAUAAUUAAACGUCUGUCGAUCCCUUCUACCUCUCCACCCCCUCUGGAGUUCUGGGCGUUUCCCCAAUCAGUCUGGUUUCAUUUCUAAGAAAAGAAAAAGCGACGUGGGGGCAGGGGGGAGGCUGCACAUCUAACUUCUUUGAGGGGAAACAAGGCCACAGAGGGACCUUGAGAAGCCUUGUUAAUUCCAUUUGGGCACAUGAAAACCUGCCAGAAUCACUCCAAUUUGCCGUGUUAUUUGGGGCACACUCAGAACAUAUCUCUACUAAGGUAAGGCAAGGCAAAGGACUCCUGGACGGUUAAGUCCAGUCAAAGGCAACUAUGGGGUGCAGCAUUCAUCUCACUUUUCAGGCUGAGGGAGCUGAUGUUUUUCCACAGACAGCUUUCUUGGUCAUGUGGUUAACAUGAUUAAACCACUUCUGGCACAACGGAACACCGUGAUGGAAACCAGAGCGCAUGGAAACACUGUUUACCUUCCCGCCGCAGUGGUACCUAUUUAUCUACUUGCACUGGUGUGCUUUCAAACUGCUAGGUUGGCAGAAGCUGGGACAGAGCAACAGGAGCUCACCCCAUCGCAGGGAUUCAAACCGCCGACCUUCUGAUCGGCAAGCCCAAGAGGCUUAGACCACAGCGUCACCCGCAUCCCUUAUCCCUAGUAUGCAUCACUCACAGAGGCCUGCAACAAGUAAGGCCACAAUUUCACACUAAAACCCCAAUAUCAAGAUAACAUACUCAGCAGGGCAAAAGCUGGUGGCCACGCAAAGUGCAACAUGACUUGCAGAACAGCAGGCAGGGAGGCGAGCAAGCAGCCCAGGCAAGCUGCAGAGGAACGGCCAGGACCAUCCUGCUCUGCUGACACUCUCUCACCUACCCUGCCACUAAGGCCACAGCAGUGCUGGAGGCUGAGGGAAGGCAGCAGAGCCCUGGUCUGCCCCACCUGUUAUGGGCAGGGCUGUAAGGGGAGGGGAGGGGCAAACAGAAGCAGGUGGGGUAGAAAAGGGGAGGCCCUAUCAGUGCAGAGUGGCCUUUGCAAGCCUUCCUGUGGCUCUGCUGGCUGCAGGAGAAAGCCUACUGCUGUAGCCGCCAACUCUUAAUUGAUUGAGUUUACUUUAAUGCCACUUUUCCACAAUGAAAUGUGCCCGAAGCGACUUAACAGCUAACAUUAAAAGCAUCAAAAUACAGAACAUAGGAAAUACAAAUGUACAAAAUGUAGACCAUGUCAGUACAGUGGUACCUUGUGUUACAGACACUUCAGGUUACAGACUCCACUAACCCAGAAAUAGUACCUUGGGUUAAGAACUUUGCUUCAGGAUGAGAACAGAAAUCGUGCUCCAGCAGCAGGAGGCCCCAUUAGCUAAAGUGGUGCUUCAGGUUAAGAAUAGGUUCAGGUUAAGAACGGACCUCCGGAACAAAUUAAGUUCUUAACCUAAGUUACCACUGUAAAUUAAAACAUGACAAAUAUCAACAACUUGGCCAACAAGGAAUAAAUUCAAUAUAUAUUUAUAAGGCCACAAUCUGGGCUUAAGUACGUAAAUACAAAGCAAAAUGAGAGUUAUAUGCCAAUAAAUUCUCUGGUAAUGUAUUACCUGUACUCCAAGGAGCCUGGCUUACAAACAAUGGGGUGGGGGGAGCAUUUCCAAAAGGUGGUGCUUUAACUUGGAUCUUAGGCAAGUCAAUCAAAAAAUUGUGUUUUUAUCGUUUUUGUAAAGAAAAGCUCAACAAUUUCGGUGGUUUCCUAAAAAGAAGCUCAGCAAUGUUGAGGUCUUCCUAAAACCUCAACAACUUUCAGGGUGUACUGGUUUUUACUUGGCAACCCUACUGGAAUGACCAGCUGCUGGUGCAGGUGUUAUUGUGCUUUGAAUUAUCUGGGCAUGGCUUUGGCAUCUGUGAAGGAUGGGUCAGGGUUUGGGUGAUCUGUAAGGAGAAGGAAUUGGGGCAUGGGUAGCGGGGGGGGCAGCUGCCCCCCUAGAUCAAGUAAAACAAUAGAAAUACUUAACUAACUGACCAAUCACGUUGGUUCUGACCAAAGUCCCCCCCCAAAGUCCUGCCUGCCCCUAACAAAAAUCCUGGCAACCUCCAUAGAUUGGGGGAGGUGUAAAGGGAGGGGGUUGGCCAGGGAGGGGUUUUUUGUGGUGUUGGUAAGCAAUGUGAGCACAGCCUCUAGCAGUUUUGUAAAUUGCAGGCUGCAAAGGCUCCUUUAAAGAUCUAUGUCUAUUACAGUGGUACCUCGGGUUACAUACGCUUCAGGUUACAGACUCCGCUAACCCAGAAAUAGUACCUCGGGUUAAGAACUUUGCUUCAGGAUGAGAACAGAAAUUGUGCUCUGGCGGCGUAGCGGCAGCAGGAGGCCCCAUUAGCUAAAGUGAUGCUUCAGGUUAAGAACAGUUUCAGGUUAAGAACGGACCUCCGGAACAAAUUAAGUACUUAACCCGAGGUACCACUGUAUAUGUUUUCUGGUUCAUCAAUCUACAUUCCCUCCCCUUCCCUGGACUUUCUAUGCAUCAUGUACUAAUGAUGAGAUCCGAGAAUGAGUUUUGGAAAUGUUUUAACUCUCUCUGCUGCUGUCUGUAUUGCCACCUAGUGACUAAAGUGCAGAUUUAACCUACAAUAUUGAAUCUUUAAUACGGUAUGUAAAGUUAAACGAACUGAUGAUGAGGGUUCUGCCUGAGCUAGUUACAGACCAUAAGUUGUUUCUGCAUUUUCAUGGAAAUUCAGAUUUGGCAUCCAAUCACUGAACUCACCCUCAAAGCAGAAGUUAUACAUUUAAUAUUUUCGGGUAGGCAGAUGGUUUCGUUGUGUAAAAAUGGUUUCGAUGUGUAAAAAUUCUAUCUAAUAUGCUGCAAUUUGAAGCAGUCAUGUUUUAAUUUAUUUCAUUACAACCUGUCCCCCCACCCUCCACCUUUGUUUUCCAGCUCAGUGUCAAACCCCAUCAGAAAAUAAAGGUAAGAUAUCUGUUUUUGUUCCUUUUUUGAAUUUAAAUCUAAUGUGCAAAUACUGAAAAAUCUUCCCAGAUUUUCUCACACAAAGAGAGACAAAAAUGCCCAUAUUUCACUCAGAGUAAUUAAUGCUACUACUUCACCCCAUGUAGGAACUUGGCCAACAUAUCUAUGAACCUCUUCAUAUUUAACAUAGGGGGUGCUUUGCCAUAUCACUAUUUGCCUUCCUGAAUAAUAAUAAUAAUUGUGCUCAUGGAACCCUUGUUUUAAAACAGCUGUCCUGGAUGCCAGUUUGCUUCUGGGCCCAAUUCCAUGUGCCAACAUGUUUAAAGCCCUAAACAACUUAGAUGCCUCAGUCCUGUGAAGAGUUUCCAGACAAGCCACUAAUUAAUAAAUUCAAGGAAAGUGCUAUGUUUAAUACUAGAUUGUUUUAGGUAGAAUACUUAACAAGAAACAUUUGUUUACUUAUCUCCUGAUUUCUUACAGCGACAUGCGUGGACAUCAGCUUGGGAUCCUGCAAUGAUGUGUCCUAUUCAAAAACAAUUUUCCCUAAUUUGCUGGAUCAGAAGUCCAGAGGAGUGAUUGAAUACAGCUCCGAAUAUAUCUUGAUGAGUGUGCUCCAUAACUUGCUGCAGGGAGAAUGCAAUCCUGAUCUAAGGAUUCUAGGCUGCUCCAUUAUGGCCCCAAAAUGUGAAGAGGGGAAAAUUGUUAAGCCUUGUCGUAAAGUUUGUGAAGCUCUGAGGAAAAAUUGCCUUCCUGCCUUUGAUGCGAUUGACAUGGCAUGGCCAUAUUUCUUAGACUGCGAUCGCUUUUUCGUCGAUGAAGUAGAAGGAUGCUUUGAUCCAUUAGCAAAGCUGCGAGGUAAGAACCAAAGCCAUGUCUGCAUGUUGUAUAUUAUGCUGCGACGAUCAGAUCCAGUCAGCAGGCCUAGAAAUUUGGCAUGUCCUUGUAAAUAAAAGGACUAAAGGCCCUGGCCACAAUCCGAAGUAUUUAUGUCUGUAGGCUACAGAAUAAUUCCUACCGAUAUAAUUCCAAUGUAUUAGGGACUUUGACUAGAGGUCAACUGAAUUACUCAUUUUGUUACAAUUGAAUAUUGGUUGCUGAAAUCAACUUGUUUCAACCUGAGUUGAAUCAGAUGAUGCAUUUGUCAUCUGGAUUGCCAAUCAGCCAGUCUUUUAAGAAGGAAAGCGGAGAUGUCAGUCACAUAAUUAGAUAUGUAGCUGAUAAUUUAUGCAUAAAUAAACUAACCAGAUUACUGGCAUAGCCUGUACAAAACCACCUUGGGUUGACAUCUGUUUAGGUCCAUGUAAAUCAGUCCUGAAUGAAAUAAAGUAUUUGGUGUCCAGUUGGGACAAAGGUUUUUAUUCUACAUCACCUUGAGGCAAUUGCGUAGAAAGUGAUCAAUAAACUGAUGAUUUAACAUAUCCUGCACGCAGAUUGGUUAAAUCUCAAUGUAAUUUUAAUGCCAAAAGGGUCAGAUUAAGAUUAGUUGAUGUCUUGGAGUUGCAAUCAUUUGAUCAGGAGGGAGUAGAAAAACAUGUCUCUUUAUAGUACAAAGAGGUAUCACUCUAGCUAAAGGAACCAAGAUUUUAUGUCUUCAAGCAUGAAGAUCUCUUUUGCAACCAUUUUAUUCUUCCUUCAUACUUCACAACAGCCAUGUGGGGUAGGCUAGCCUGAGAGCUGGUGAUUGAUCCAAGGCAGGAAGUGAGCAAAAACAAUGAUGAAUUAAGUGGAAGUGAGUUUAAAAUGUAAAACUGUAUAUGCUCAGAUUAUUUUCAUUUUGGUUUUUAGGCUUGACAAAAUGUUUUUUGCUUUGGUGUUUUGUUAAGAUUUGUGAAACUCUACAGGCUCAGAUUACCUUUUUUGUAGUCCACAAAAUCUUAUGCCACAACAAACUUGUUAGUCUUUAAGAUGCUACAAGACUUGUUUUAUGAUAUUCCAAAUGCCUCUGAGACGUUCACAAACAGAGCAUGAUGGAGAAUAAGGUCUGCUGGACAUAGUUCUCAGAGACAUAUUUUCCUUAGGGACCACUCUGCCUGCAACCCAGGGAACAGGAUGACUUAACAUGGGGUAAGUGUGAUCCUAAAAUAGAAUAUUAACCACCUACUUACAAUUGGCUAACGUGUUUGAUUUACACAUAUCUUUUCAUUUCUUUGAAUUACAUUUGUCCCAAUUGUGUUAUGUCCUUAGAUGUUGGGAUAAUCUUCUACAUGGGCAUAACAAUUAGUGAGCAAACACAGCUACGUCAAUUUUCUUGCAUUGCAGGGGAAACUGAAUUUGUGGAAGAUGCUCCCAGUGAGGUUCCUACUUUCAUUCAGUUCACCCACCACUCGUACUCACAAAUGGUGAGAGAAUUGAAAAAGGUAGCAUCCAGAUGUUCCCACAUUGCUAAGUUGUACAGUAUCGGCCGCAGCUUUGAAGGGAAAGACCUCUUUGUGAUUGAGUUUUCUACUAGUCCUGGACACCAUGAAUUGCGUGAGUAAUGGACACUAGAGGUAUAUGAAAUUUGUUCAGAGUAUUGGCAUUGCUUGAACCAUGGCAAACUGGAAAGAAUACUCCUGUUCCUUACUGUUAACUACACUAGGGAUUGAGACCUGCAUCAGCGAAUAACGACUAAAUUAAAUGUAUUUAUUUUGCUGUUUGGUAAUAGCAGUGUUCAACUGCUGUAAUAUUUAUAGAAUGAGCAUGUCAAAUAACCAUAAAUGAACUAUUGACUUAUUGCAUGUUUAUACCAGAUCCUGUUUCCACCCUCCAGCAGUGGCUUAGUGUGGGUUGCCAGAACCAGGGCUGCACCUGCUCUGUCUGAAACAGAGCCUACCCACCCCAGGAAAGAACUCUUUGGUGGUGGCACGCCUGUGCCUCUCACCUUGAGGCAUGAAAAUGUGGGAUGUGAAACACAAGAGCAGUCAAGUACAACAUUCCUAGAGUGAACAUGUUUACACAUGGGGAGGAAUGUUUGUCCAGCCAGCAGGUAAACUUCCUGUUUCCUUCUGGGCUGGGACAGAUUUCCUCUGCAAGUGACUAGAGGUGUGUGUGUGCAGGUAACGACAAAAGCACAGGGCAGGGCAGCCAUCUCUCUUUCUUUCUCCACAUGCAUCAAAGAAGCAACAUCUGCUUAGCCAAAGAUGCCCUCUUGGCUUCCAGUCUCUUGGUCUCCUUAUGGAAUAGUUUCCAAGUAUAUGUUACUUUUCUAAGCUAAGUUUGCCUUCUGGGAUCCGAUUGUGAACAGAAUGUGUGAGUAAACCUUUUUAUACUUUUAUAGAAGACUGUCAUGUCUUAUCCUUUAUGAGGGAAUAAGGGGGAAAUACCAGAACAGUUAUUAUAGAGGCUUUAGCAAGCCUGAGCAAACACAUCCGCUGCAAGUUUAAAAAGGGGAAUGUUACUCUGCUAAAUUGUGAACUUGUUAACACAAGUUGGAAAAGGAUAUAAUCAGACAAUAUAUCCUCUCCUGCAUCCCUGAAGAUUCCCACAGAAAAGGCCAGCUUGGGGCAGGGAGAGAUCAAAUGUCUCCCAGUGGUUCUUACUUUGGCAGUUUGUGACAGACACCUUGAUGAGGGCAACACAAACCACAGUGACCACUGAGCCAAGUCUCACGGUCUGUUUCUUGAAAGUCAUCUUGAAAGCCAGAUAAAACAUAUCCUGGUUCAUCUCUUCACAGUUAAGCCAGAGUUUAAAUACAUCGGCAACAUGCAUGGAAAUGAAGUUGUGGGCAAAGAAUUACUGAUCUACCUUGCUCAGUAUUUGUGCUCUGAAUACCUUACUGGGAAUUCCAGAAUCCAGACGCUGAUCAACAACACUCGAAUUCAUCUCCUUCCUUCCAUGAAUCCAGAUGGAUAUGAACUCGCAGCAGAAGAGGUCAAUACCUAGCAGGGGAUUGGGCAGAACUUUUGUUUUGUUUUGAAAAAAUAUAGUGCUAAAAAAAAUAGUGCCCAAGGUGUCUUAACAAUGAAUUCACAAAACAAUAUUUAAAAAACUAAAAAACCUCUUUUGCUUUUCUUUGGCAAUAGUGUGUGAUUUGCAUUUCUUACCUGAGUCUUCCAGAACAAUUUAUUUCGGGGUGGGGCGGGGCUGAUGUGUAGAUCCUUCUGCCUCUUGGUCAGGAGUUUGUGGUCAGCAGUUCCUUCAGCUCUGUAAGGCUGUAGCACCCAAGCUACAGUUCUCUCCCCCCCAUAAUCCCAGGUAGAAGGAGAUCCUGCAACGUUAAUAUGUUGUGUCUUCUCCAGUUUUCAAAGACAUGUGCAGGAAGAUGAAUCAAAGGAGAUACUUUUGGAAUUGCCAUCUCCUCCCCUUUGCUUCCCCCUAAGGUAAAAUUCCUCCCCUUAGUGACCAGGGCAAAGUAGUGCAGGUAGAAGGCCCCCUCAGACACCCCAAUAUCUGAACUGACCACUUGAGUUUUCUACUUCAUUUUCAGGGCAAGCAGGCCCACUUCUAGCUGUGACUAUUUUGUUUAGAUUACAUGUUAGUUGCUGUUGUGGCUCUUCUGGAUUUUCUCUGGUGCUUCAGUGCACCAUCUCAAAGUAGCACCAGAGUUGUGGAGCUUGUCCUUUUGUUCACUGCUUGACCAGGGGGCUGGCUACAAUGGAUGGACAAAUGGGAGACAAACAGCGCAGAAUCUGGAUCUUAACAGGAACUUCCCAGAUUUGACGUCUGAAGCUUACAGGCUAUCAAGGAUCCGAGGGGCUCGUACUGACCACCUCCCAGUUCCACAGUCUUACUGGUGGGGUAAGGUAUGGAUUGCAAAAGUUUAUGAAACGUGCUCUAUUUUAUAGGCCAUUAACAUAGUAUCUAAAAAGGUAAAGGUACCCCUGACUGUUAGGUCCAGUUGCGGAGGACUCUAUGGUAGUGGCACUCAUCUCGCUUUAUUGGUUGAGGGAGCUGGCGUACAGCUCAUGUGGCCAGCAUGACUGAGCCACUUCUGGCGAACCAGGGCAGCGCACGGAAAUGCCGUUUACCUUCCCGCUGGAGCGGUACCUAUUUAUCUGCUUGCACUUUGAUGUGCUUUUGAACUGCUAGGUGGGCAGGAGCUGGGCCCGAGCAACGGGAGCUCACCCCGUCGCAGGGAUUCAAAUCCCCGACCUUCUGAUCAGCAAGCCCUAGGCUCAGUGGUUUAGACCACAGCACCACCCGUGUCCCCUAACAUAGUAUCUAAUUGCACAUUUAAAAUAUCCUUAGAUCAUCGGGGCUAACAUACCCUUUGGUGCAUAGUCUGCCUUAUUUCAGUAAUGCGUGUCAAAAUGACCUCAGUUCUUAAUUUCAUGAGCUACGGUGAUAUCCUUCUUUACACAGAGCACUUUCAUUAAAAUGUUACAGCGGUAAUCUUCAGGCUGUGUUUUCCAUUCAUAAGAUCUCAAUGAGGCCAUAUUAAAUGCAUCUUAAUGUGAUCACUUUAAAAUGUUCUUCAGGUUGCCCCUGAGACGAAAGCUGUGAUGAAGUGGAUCAAAUCUAUCCCGUUUGUCCUGUCUGCCAGUCUUCAUGGGGGGGAUCUGGUUGUUUCCUACCCUUACGAUUACUCUGUACACCCCCUGGAAGAGAAAAUGUUUUCCCCCACCCCCGAUGAAAAGGUAAUAUUGCAUGACAGACCCAUUCGGAGUAAUGCGAACCUGUGUGAAUUUGCAAAAUGGCUGACCAAAGAAUUUGCUAAGAAUUGCCUGACAAGAAAAGUGUGAUAGUUCUACAAACAGCAAUUGCUUGCAUUUAAAUGGCUCACCACGCACAUCCAUUGCAGUUUAGAACAAGAGUCAUUGUAUUUAAGAAGAAAAUGGCUGAAUCCAUUGUCCCAGGAACGCCAAGUCUUAGUCCCCAGGAUCAGCAGGAAACAUUGAAAGAGCAGCUCUGAGUAAAAUUAAAAGGCAACAGAAGGGGGCAGUAAUGUCAUUUUUAUUUAGUCUGUCAGAAGAAGCCCUUUUACUCACUUUCUUUGGGGUUGCAACUCCCAAAGCAUCUUUAUUUAGAAGCCUAUGGGAUCUCCUUCCAAGUAAAUUUGUCUAAGAUCAGAGUGAGCUAUUACCCUCUGAAGAACUUUAAAAUGCACAUUUCUCAUUUUCCUCUUGUGCAUUUUAUUGCCUUAAAUCGCUGAAUUACAAGAGAAAUAUUUCACUUUUAUCUCAUAAAAUGCUCCCCACCCCUUUUAAGGCAAUCGUACAUGUAGUAUUAUAUAUCUGGAUUCAUCACACCAAGCAGGUAAGAUGUCUAUAAGAUGGAGCCCAAGAUAUUUUGUGUGGAUUCUCAGGGCCCAGGAAUCAUUUUGGGAAGGCCAGUAUAGACUUGGAAUAUGGGUCUCUCUAUAGACUUGGAAUAUGGGUCCUAUCCUAUACAUUCAAUCUCAUGAGUCAUGGAAGAAAAAUGUUUCUCCAAAUUCUGAAAUGACAUUUCUAACAUUUCUGAAAUUGCACCAUGGGCAAUGCUAGUGUUUGUCUACUAAUCCCCAAAACACACACAUUUUUUCUUUGCUAUUAUUUUGCUUUUUUUGGGUUAUUUUUGUAACUUUGUGUUGGUCUCAGUAAAGGAAUUAUACCACCAAUGUUUUGAAUACCACCACCCCCCUUAAUGGAUUCACAAGGCUGCAAACAUUUUAUAAAGCAUGCCAUUCCCUUCAAAGUUUUAUUUUUAUGGUCUUUUUUUCAUUGCAAAAUCAUGAAUUAUCUCCCAAAGGUCAAUUUCUUCUGGCAAAUAUAUACUUGAUAGACAAAAUAGCUAAGUGACUCACAGAGCAAUCCUAUGCAUUAGAGAUUAGGCUGACUUUGUUCAGUGGUGCUUACUUCCCCCUAAGUCAGCAUGGCAUUGCAGCCUUAUCCACUCUGGGCUUCUGGUCGAGCACGUGCAGUUUUUAAUGAAUGGCCCUUUACACUAUUCGCAAGGCUGGAUCUUUGCCCAAACAAACAAACAAACAAACAAGAAUCAGACAGUACAGCUCUCUUCUCUCCUGUUUCUUGUGAGCCUUUUCAAUGUGGUGAUGCUAAUGGUGCUAUUACCUGUCUUUUGAAAGCAUUAGACUGGAGUCACGUGAUGCUUGCGGCCCAUUGUCUUCAUCAUUUGCCAAAGACAGUCUCGACACUGAAAUCAUCUUAUUCAUCAACUUCCCUAGUUAGUGUAUUACCCGAGUCAGACUGCAAAAUGGCUUGUUUUUCUGGGAAAAGGCUAGAGGAUUGUUGGUGUCGUUUAGCUCCCCUUAUUUAACUUCCUUGCAUUUUUGACUCCUUGACUGAUAUGUAUAACCAGUCCCAGAAACAGUGGUAUGCCGUGUGAACGACACAUUUACUCACAUAGAUUUUGGGCCUCUGAUUCCUACCAGCAUCACGGGCUAUCACUGUCCCUGGUUAUUAUAGGUGCUUUGUCCCUUCCAGCGGCUGCAUCCCUCUCCUGCUGUGCACAAGGAACCCAGGGACUUGCAGUUCUUGAGAACACAAGCACAAUCUUUCUGUCUCUAAAGCUACAAAUGCUAGCUUUUCUGCAGAAACACGUUCUCCCUGUCCUAGGCAAGGGUCCAGAUGCACAACUCAUUGUUUGGAAAGUUAGUUCUUCUUUCCUAACACAGACUCUGAUUGAUUGACUCCAGCAGAUCUCACAAUAGGUAUGUAGAUGUAGGUGUGGUACGCUGGUUUGACAUCAGCGGAUAGGAAGUGCCUACAGAGGGUGGUGAAUACAGCACAAGAUAUUAUGGGCUGUCCCGUGAAUCCGCUGGAUGAAAUAGCAGAAGAACAUUGCCUCAGGAGAGUGAGGAAAAUUCUCAGGGAUGAUUCACACCCUGGCCGGCACUUUCUUGAUCUCCUGCCCUCAGGCAGAAGAUAAAGAAGCAUGAUUAGUCGCACCAACAGGGUAAAGAACAGCUUCUAUCCGUGGGCUGUUAGGCUGCUGAAUGAAAAGGUAACAACAGGGCAACUGACUUUUGGGUUUGGUGGGUGUGCGUCAGUAAAUGAGGGGAAUUAAGACUAAGAGAGCUGAGUGGGGGGUGCUCAUGUAAUCUCACUGUAUACAAGUUGUACAAGUGACAAUAAAGUAUUUCAAUAUUUCAAUUUCAAUAGAUACAGGAAAAAUAAUUUCCCAGAAAUAUUCUGAAGCAUGAUCUGCAAUUUAGUCAGUUUGGACCAGGCUCUGCUGGUGCACCUGAUGGGAGAGUCAAGGGCUCCCACAGUUUGAUCAAGUGCUGGAGCCAAUGCAAGACUGGAUUCACCUAACCUGGAUGUUCUGCUGCCUAAUCUCAGAUGUGUUGGAUUGUGCUGUAGCCAUUCAGUCAGGAGGAAAAUGCAUGCUGUCUUUCUCAGAGGCAACUUUUCCAGUUCUAGCGAGUCCUGGCAUAGAUGAAGACCUGAUAUCCUCAUUUCAGUGCAUGGAGCAGUCUGGGAGGCAUUCUCUGACACCCUGCAGUGUUGGGUAUCCAACUGAAAGGGGAGCUAGUCAGGCAAGAAGAGGUAUUGAGGGGAGAGCUAAGGGCACAGUGUCCCUCAGCCCAACAGGGGAUAAAGGUGGGGUGGGAGAUACAUUGGGCGGGGGCCCCAGCCACUAAGAAAGUGAAGCCCCCAACCCAAAAAGGGUGAGAGUCUCACCAGAUAGCUCUGAACGUUAGAGACGUACUGGAGCUCUGAAGGCAUUUGUGACCCACAAAGCAGUAAGAUGGGAACCCUCAGGAUCUGUUUGCCCAUUGUCAGCCUUGGCUUUUGGAGCCCAGAAAAAUCUAGCCUUGUUCCUUAUCCACAGCUGCUUCACACACUACCCAGAAGCAACAACAAAGUGUGAGCCACCUGCUUCAGGUUGUUGUGCAAAGGCAAAAACUGUUGACAAGGUUUUAGAUUGGCUCCAGGCAAAGCACCCGACACCAUCUUUACAGAAGAACUGCUGCCACUUCUGGAUUCUAUGUGACGUGGACCUCAAAAUAUAAACAAGGAGAAGCUUAAUGCGUUUUAGUCAACGGCCCGCCACCUGCUUUGUCUGUGGUUCCUGCUAUUAGUUAACCUAGAACUUGGAGUGAAAUGUGCUUCACCAAGGGAGGCUUGCCUCUUCUUGCUGCUGCAGCCUGUCUGCCCUUCAUCCAGAAGCUGCUCCUCAGCUGCAGCCCCUCUGCCGGCUGCCCGGUCACAAGUCCUUGGGCCUUGCUGUCUCCCCCUCUUAAUCUCCACGGCACAUGUGCUUCUUUGUGCCUCCAUAGCAUUUGCUGGUUUCUCUCCUCCAGACACUUCACCACCAGAAUAUUUUAGCUAGGCAAAUGCACAGCUGAGUGCCUUUCUCUUAAGGUUUUUCAAAGGCUGUUAGCAGAAUAUCUGCAGUCUAGUACAACUGACAUCAAACCAGGGCUGAAAUAAGCCCUUUUAAUUUAUGCCAAGAGAACAGAGGUGCCCUGGAAUGGGCAUUUGUGACUUCGCUUGCCAGAUCUAUUCAAAGAAAUGCUGAGCAUUUAACACCUUUGGAAACAUAUAAGAGAGGUUUUUAAACUUUAUUUUAUACCAUCACUGCUCGUUGCCUAGAGAAUAUAUUUUUAUUAGGCGACUAAUGAAAAUAAGCAUAACAACCCGAAGCAUUUGCAGUUAGAAAUUGUGCUGCAGUUUAAAACACACAAAUUCUAAGUGGUGGUUGGACACAGAUGUGGAAUCAUUAUUAAUGACAAUAUGGUAAUAAAAAAAAUUAAUGACCAAGAAUCCUCACUCUGCUGAUGUAAAAUUAAAAUAGCAACAAAAACUUCACACACAACAGACAAGGAUCCAGGAGGGAGACUGACAAUCAAGGUUCCUUUGUUGCACCUACAAACGAAUCUCUUUGGGUUCAAAACUAGACUGCUUCCUCUCUUUUUUUCAUUCAUUAAAAGAAGAAAUGAAGUGAGCAACACAGUAACAUGAUAGGAAAUUAUACAGGAUCAGAAACUGUAAAAUUUUCUUGUUUUUCUUUUUUUAUCUUUUUGUAAAUGGCUUUGAGGGUUCCGCCACCAGCAAUCAAACUCUGUCUAAAUUUAAAUAAAGAAACAAGCAAGCCAGCCAAAACGUUAUGCCAAACAUUUUCAGCCCAUUUAACUAGAAUAGGCUGGGGGUGUUUCCCAUAAUAUCCCAGUACUGGUGGGCUGCUGUGCAGGUCACAACCUGUUUGAAAUGUCCAAAUGCAAGUGGUAGCAUCAGGAAUUUAAUGGACAUGUGCUUGCAACGUGUGUGUUUCAACAACUGGAAGGCAAACAGCAUUUGGAGUAAAUAAAAAUAAUUCAACUCUCUCUUGUUUUUUUAGAUGUUCAAAUUGCUGUCUAAAGCCUACGCAGAUGCACACCCCGGCAUCUCGGACAAGUCAGAAAUGCGUUGUGGUGGAAAUUUUGUGAAGCGAGGAGGCAUCAUAAAUGGUGCUGAGUGGUACAGCUUUGCAGGAGGUACAUCUCUUUAGCAAUUUGAUAACUCUGCAAGAAGUCUGAAGUUUCUAAUCUUAAAUUCUCAAAGGAAAUUUCAGUAAGGCUUUUGACAAAGUCCUCCAUAAUAGUCUCAGGAGGAAGCUCGUAAAAUGUGGGUUGAAUGAGGAAGCUGUUAGGUGGAUUUGUAGCUGGUUGACUUACUGAACCCAAAGAGUGUUCAUUAAUGGUUCCUCGUAAUCCUGGAAGAAAGUGACAAGUAGGGUGCCACAGGGUUCUGUCCUGGGCCUGUUGUUGUUCAACUCUUUAUAAAUGACUUGGAAGAAGGAAUUGAGGGGAUGCUUAUCAAAUUUGUAGAUGACACCAAACUGGGAGGGGUAGCUAAUGCCACAGAAGACAGAAUCAUAAUUCAAAAUGACUUUGAUAAAUUGGAGAAUUGGGUACAAGCUAACAAAAUGAAUUUCAAUAUGGACAACUAUAAGGUUCUGCGCUUAGGCAGGAAGAACCAGGUGCACAAAUCUAAGAUGGGGAACACCUGGCUUACUAGUUGUACAUGUGAAAAGGACCUAGGGGGUCUUAGUGGACCACAAGCUUAACAGUGUGAUGCAGCAGCAAGAAAAGCUAAUGCUAUUCUAGGCUGCAUCAACAGAAGCAUAGUGUCCAGAUCAAGGGAAGUCAUGGUCCCACUCUAUUCUGCUUUGGUCAGACCACACCUGGGAAUACUGUGUUCAAUUCUGGGCACCACAAUUUAAGAAGGAUGUUGACAAGUUGGAAUGUAUGCAGAGGAGGGCAACCAAGAUGGUCAAGGCUCUGGCAACUAAGCCUUACAAGGAGCGCUUGAAGGAGCUGGGUAUGUUUAGCCUGGAGAAGGGGAGACUGAGAGGAGAUAUGAUAGCUAUCUUCAGAUAUCUAAAGGGCUGUCACAUGGAAAAGGGAGCAUGCUUGCUUUCUCCUGUUCCAGAGGGUAGGAUCUGAAUCAAUGGUUACAAGAAAGGAGAUUCCAUCUAAACAUCAGGAAGAACUUUCUGACAGUAAGAACUGUUCAGCAGUGAAACAGACUCCCACAAGAGGUGCUGGACUCUCCAUCCUUGGAGGUUUUUAUAGGUUGGAUGGCUUUAGCUGAGAUUCCUGCAUUGCAAGGGGUUGGACUAGAUCACCCUUGGAUCCCUUCCAAUUCCAAGAUUCUAUGAAAUAGACUCUUAAAAUGGACAAACCACACAAUAUUUUCACAUAUUAUAGCAAUUCUUAGAAUUCCAUGGGUCAGUGUCAUCGUAGUGUGUCAAUGAAGCUAUUGCGAGUUGAGAAAGAGAAACUUUGGCUAAGUGUGCUGAUUUGUUAUUUAUUGCAUUUCUAUCCCACUUUCCCAUCCAAGGAGCUCAAGGUGGCUCUCCUGCUCCUCAUUUAAUCCCCACAACAAGAACCCUGUGAGGUAGGUUAGGCUGAGAGGAAGUGACUGGCCCAGGUUACCCAGCGAGCCUCAUGUGGGGAUUUGAAUCUAAGGCUGGAUCAACACUGAUAAAAAAAAAUGCUAAGAAAAAAAGUUAUAUCUGUCAAUGCAAUUUCCCAUUGGCUGCUGGUGUCGCAUUUUUAUACCGCAUUUAUAAUGUUAUAGCUCACCAGUAUAGAUUAGUCCUAAGGACUAGCCUCCCAAGUCCUAGCCUAAUACUCUAACUGCUACACCACACUGGCUCUAAUGUAGGCUUGACUAAUUUGUGAUCCAUCAAACCAAAUGUAUUAAAAGGGAGAGAAUGAUAUAUCUGCCAGCAUUUCACAGAUGGAAACGGUGAUGUGUUUUUAUCUUACCAAGAAUUACGUACUUCACACUGUUGACAAGACACAACACUACCUGCUUUAUUCGCUGGUUUUGCAGUAAUCUGUCCUCUGCUGAAUUUAGAGCCAAAAGUGUGAUUCACUGGAAGCAGGGAAAUGCUGUGGACACAUAAUUGCCCCACAAUCUGUUAUGGAUAGUUCAAAAUAUCUUAGCAACUGUACAGUGUGAAACAACAACAACAACAACAAUAACAAUGUUUAUAUCCUGCCUCUUUUCUAUAAAGAGAUCCAAGGUGGCUUAUGGAUAAAACAGAAACAGCUGAAAGCAUAGAAAAAAAUAAAAUUAAAAGCAAUUAAACACUGAUUAGUAUUUAAAACAGUGCUUUUUUCAGGGGGUACUUGAGGGUACACAGUACUGGCACCUUGUUGUUGUUGUUGUUGUUAAGAAGUGUGACGCUUACUGUAACAGCUUCAUAUUGAGUACUGGCACCUAUUUUUCUAGAAAACAAAGCACUGAUUAAACACACAGACAUAUAAACGCACACAUAUAAAAGAUAUAUUAAAACAUACAGAUAAUAACAACAAGAACAUCACAACACCAGCCCUUUCCUUAAAAACAGUCAGGCAGAAAUGGCAGGCUGUGCUGUAUUUUUCACGCACAGAUAUUUAUCUGCAUGUGCACUAGAGACAAAGUGCAUCCGUGCACCUCCUAAGAGCUCUAAUCUUGACGAGGGAGCCGAACACUGAAGACUGACUACUCCAGCAAUUCACCCUAACAAAAGCCUAGCAUGGCAUCCCUAAGGGGAGAAAGUAGGGGAAAUGCUUUGCCAGGGACAGGAGCCAGACAAUAGGCUCUUUCUCUGGCUGAUACUGUGGGUGAAUGGGAAGGUUUCUGAGGAAUCGUUGUUCUUCAGGCAUCUGUUUCUAGAACGGCUAAUGAGACAAGCCAAAAGUGCGAGUGAACCAGGCGAUUUCAAGCUACACAGGACCCACCUCCCAUGUUGAGACAUGACUAUCUGAACAGGGAACUGGGCAUUUGGAAUGGACUGAAGAAGUCCUAGUGGAGCCUGGAAGUGGUCUCUCCCCCACCCUCAGUGAGACCUCCUGUGUACCAGGAAGCGGUGAGACUGCUACCCACUUGGCACAGAGAUAACCACAGUGGAUUGUGGGAUCUAUUCCAGAUGAUACAAAUCCAUUCCAGAGUUUUGGCAGAACAGAAUGAACUCACAGAGUCAUAGAAUGAUAGAGUUGGAAGGGACCCCAAGGAUCAUCUAGUCCAACCCCCUGGAGGAAUCUCAACUAAAGCGUCCAUGGCAGAUGGCCAUAAUUCCUCCCAAAUUUUCCAGAGUGGAACUCCAAAUCUACAUUGAUUAGAAUGUGAUUCUGUUCCAAAACUAAUCUCCUGUUUUCUGUUCCACAUUCACACAAUGCGGCAGCUAGACUGGUGACUGGGAGUGGCCACCGAGACCAUAUAACACUGGUCCUGAAAGAUCUUCAUUGGCUCCCAGUACGUUUCUAAGCACAAUUCAAAGUGUUGGUGCUGACCUUUAAAGCCCUAAACGGCCUUGGUCCUGUAUACCUGAAGGAGCGUCUCCACCCCCAUCAUCCAGCGCCAAGGGCCUUCUGGUAGUUCCCUCGCUGCGAGCAGUGAGGUUACAGGGAACCAGACAGAGGGCCUUCUCGGUGGUGGCGCCUGCCCUGUGGAAUGCCCUCCCAGCAGAUGUCAAGGCAAUAAACAACUAUUUUACUUUUAAAAGACAACUGAAGGCGACCCUGUUUAGGGAAGUUUUUAAUGUCUGAUGCUGUAUUGUUUUUAAUAUUCAGUUGGAAGCCGCCCAGAGUGGCUGGGGAAACCUAGCCAGAUGGGCGGUGUAUAAAUAAAUAAAUAAAUAAAUAAAUAAAUAAAUUAUUAUUAUUAUUAAACUAAACCCUGGGAGGCUCCAAGUUGCUUUAGUGUCGUAUCAAAAUACCCCCAACAAAUGCCAUUACUGAUGAACCUUCCAAUCUUCCUCUUUUCAAGGAAUGGCAGAUUUUAAUUACCUUCACACAAACUGUUUCGAAGUUACGGUGGAGCUUGGUUGCGAGAAGUUUCCCCUGGAAGAAGAACUGUAUUCACUCUGGCAGCAAAACAAAGAAGCUCUUCUGAAGUUCAUAGAAAUGGUAGAGUUUCUUGUGACUUCUUUCUUUCUCCUUCCUUUUACUGAGCUGCUCACCAGGGAGGGUUUGUGACACGAUUUGACUCAAGGGACCCAGCUGCCUUUUCCACAAAUGGGCUGCAAGUAGCAGUCCACAGAUAACUCUGAUGUAACUUCCUCCCAUAUUUGAGAUUAUAGCUGAAGACCGAGGGCAAGCAGUGUCCAAAUUCCUGCUGUCAAGCCAGUUACGUGUGCUCAUUUUCCAUUCUGUUCAUCCUGGGCAGGGCCAGCCUGUCCAUGAAGCAAACUGAGGCAGCUGCCUCAGGUAGCGGAAUCCAAGGGGCACCGCCAUGAGCAUCCAUUGCUGCUGCUAGAGAAGUGAGGAGAAGCAGCUCAGCUCUACAGUUCUUUGAUUCUAAUGUGUAGUGCAGACAGUGGCUUUUUCUGGGUGUACUGAAAGGGUAUGCCGUACAGGCCUCUUUUUUCUAGAAGAAAAGCACUGAAUUCAAAUGUCAUUUUUACAGUCAUUUUUGUGCAGGGCACUUCAGAACAGACCUUCUUGAAACCCUUAUUGGGGAGGCUGCAACUUAUGUUUCUGAAGCAAAUGCUAUCUUAGAUCAGUGGCCUCGCAAGUCUACCAGAACAAUAAGUGGCUGCAAAAUUAGGAGCAACAAGACAUCCCUUUCCAGGUCAUUAGCAGGUAUCUGUUGUGUAUUGUUCUGAGGAGCCUGGUCAUAAUAGGGAUUUAAAGUAGUUAGGAAUAUGCCCGUUUCCCUUCACGGGCAUUAAGUUACUCCUCAUUAAGCAUCCCUGUUUUAUUUGCAGUAUCAUCUUUCAAUACAAAGUCCAGUCCAGACCCAUAAAUUUAUUUUUAUUUUACAGCUGAUCUGCUUUAGAGAAUCCAAAUGGGACUCACUCGAGACAAAAGGGCCUGCAAAUAAAUGAGCCCUAAUAGAGAUGACUGAGUCAAGUCACUUUGUGUUUAGCCAUAGGCCAUUGUAACAAAACACUGACCUCACCCAGUAAAGUCUGGGAAGCACUGGAGGAAGAACAGGAGUGCGGAGGGAGCGAACCACCCCUGGCGCCACUAUUCUGGUAGGGUGCUGUCACAGCGGCCCCCCUGGACACGUGCCACGCACCCCCCCAUGCCCCAGGAGCCAUGCCCCCAGAACACGCACCACACCCUCGCGGGUGGCGUGUCACACCUCUGCGGAUGGCGUGCUAUGCCCCCGGGAUGCGCAUCAUGCCCCUGGGGCACUAGCCAUGUCCCCACCUGCUCUCCACCCCUGGUAGCGGAGCAUGCAGCUUCGCCACUGCUGGGAGGAGCCCUGAAUAUAGCACUUAGGGAAGCAAUAAACCAAGGAAAUUUCCUGAACAACCGAGGGUCCUCUCAGUCAAAACUUUUGCCUCAUUCCACCCCCGCAUCCCAAUUAUCGCAAAAAAGGGCCACUCUGUGCAUGGUAGAUAAAUCUUCACAUGAUAAUCAAUUCUAAACAUUCCUGGGCUCAACCACCUUUUUCAACUUCAGUAGAUGGUAUUGUGCCAUCUCAUAAAGUUUCACCUGAAACAGAAAUGUAGAUUGAUGGAUCUCGCAGCAAUAGAUGGAAAUCCACUCUCUGCUCUGUGGCAACCCCUCAGGGGAAAGCCUUACUCACCAACAUCUCUUCUUCGUUCAAUAAGCAGCAAUUAACUUUAUAGUGAAGUAAAAAUUAGAAACAUGAGCUAUUUACAGGCUAUUUACAAAAAUGUUUCCUACUCGAAAUAUUUUGAAGCCAACAACCAAACACAGUUACUAUUUUUUUAAGUACACAAUUUUUCAUAAAACCAUGGAAGAUUGGGGGAGGAUGAAUAACUAAUGAAUUUGUAACACUGAAGAAGUUGCACCCAUCAUCAAAACCUGAUGAAAAGUCAGUUAAUUCUGUCCUGCACUUUUCUGUCUUCACAUCUACUUUAUGUCAAGAAGAUGGAGAAACAUGGACAUGAUUGGAAUACACUCUCUCUUGCAGACAACAGCCCGGGCCCAAGCAGCAACUUAUUUGUAGUUUCAAACAAGGUUGAUGGGGCUGAUCAGUUGGUUUUACUCAGUCCUGGGUUGAAUAUACAUUCGCCUGCAGGCCUGACAAAGUCACUCUAGAGUGCCUGCUGUGGCUGCAGACACCAGUGUGGGAGAGACAUGUUUUGUUGCAGCUGGAGCAGAUGAAACAUCCAGAAGUGUUGCUACAGGUGCAUGAUGGCAUUUCUUCAUGCCUCCCAGAGGUCAUUCCUCCUCUGGUCACUGCACAACAUGAGUGUCUGUCUCUAGGCACUGUGGUUGUCUGCAAGGGAUUCCCACAUGGUGAGGGUGAUGUUGCCAACCUUCAUGUCAUGUUUGCAGACAUCUGUGCCUUCUUCUUUGGCGAUUCCCCGUAGCCGAGUAAGAUUGUCUUCCAUAAACAUGGUUUUAACAAUGAGUCCGUAACUGAUUGUGGGGGCCAAUUCUGGAUCCACACAUCCUUCCACAAGUGGGGACAUAGGCUUCCGAGCAGGAGUAACACAGAGUUGGUCUGCCAAUGGGCCUGGUGCCUGAAGCCAGCUCCCUACAGAUCACAUCCUAUCAUCUUCCAUUCUGUGGAUAUGACCAAGCCAGUGUAGACGUCGCCGAGACAGAAGGGUGAACAUACGGGGAAUGUGGCCUCAAGAGAGCACAUCUUUAAGACUCUGUCUUGCCAUGUAAUGCCCAAAAUCUUCUAGACGCAGUGCAUGAGAUGUCACUCCUAACAGUUGUAAGUUGCCUACAUAAAGCAGCAUGUUCCACACACAAGCCUGGUUGACCUUCAUCUUGUUAUUGGAUAUAGGCAUCACAUUCUCCCAUACCCUUUUGGAGAGGUGAGCCAUUACCGUAGCUGCCUUGCCAAUAUGCUUGUCCAGCAGUUGGUUAUGAUGGAGCCUAUGUAGACAAAAUUGUCUACCGUGUGCGGUCAACAGUGCUGAUGUGUGGGGUCCUGGCGAUGUCCUGACCCAGGAUGUUGGUCAUUGCCAAGCUGGUGGUAAGGCUGAACUCCCCAAAGACUUGGGGAAAUGAUUGAUGAGUCUCUGUAGAGCUUCCUCAGAGAGCGCUGUCAAGGCUGUGUCAUUUGCAAACAAGACCUCUUGGAUAAGGACUUUUGUCUUGGUGUGGGUCAUGACUGUUUGAACAGACCUCCUCAAAUGAAAGUCCACACUGUCUUCAGUUGAGCUGAAGGCAAAAGAGAGCAGCAGGGAGAAGAAUAUGAUAAAGAGAGUUGGGAUGAGAACACAACCCUGUUUCACACCAUACAAUUAAAAUCAUAAAAUAAAAACCACAAACAACCACAGAGGUAAAAUGCCAUUAAACUCUCACUACACAUGCUGAUUUUAAUGGUGCUAGUGAGGAAUAGAUACAAUUAGCUACUUUAUUACCACCUGUUAAAAUUGCUGUCUCUUUCUUUGUAGGCUCAUCGUGGAAUAAAAGGAAUUGUAUCUGACAAAUUUGGAAACCCGAUAAAGAAUGCCCGAAUUUCGGUCAAAGGCAUCCGUCAUGAUACACUUGCAGGUAAUAGAGUUCGAUGGAGAAGCAAAUUAAAGCCUGAAACUGGGAGGUGGGAUUCAUCUGAAUAUCACAAUAUUCUUUUUUCAUUUCAAAUACAGUAAUAUUUUAUUAAUUGAUUCACUUAUGCAACAACUUCUUUACCUUCAAGUCAAUUUACAAAAUCCAAAAGCAAUAAAACGACUCGGACAUUAAUUGUAACUAAUAAAUUAAACUAUCAAAAUACAGUAGUUCCUCGGUUUAUGAACUUAAUCCGUUCUGGAAGUCCGUUCUUAAACCGAAACUGUUCUUAAACUGAGGCGUGCUUUCCCUAAUGGGGCCUCCCACCACCGGUGCCCUUCCACUGUUCAGCUUCCAUUCUUAGACCGAGGUAAAGUUCGCAAACCGGGACACUACUUCUGGUUUUGUGGAGUUCAUAAACCAAAUAGUUCGUAAACAGGGCUGUUCUUAAACCGAGGUACCACUGUAUCAAAGGAAAGAUCAAAACAAGGGGAAAGCCAAUGUGAUGCUCUCCAGAUUGCAGUUCCCAUCAGCUCUGACCAUUGGCCAUGCUGGCUAGGGCCGAUGGAAAUUGUGGUCGCUUCAGGCAGUGGAAUCUGGGGGGGGGGGGCUCCAUCUGCCCCUGCCACCACAGCAGAACUCACAGAACUCUUGUGGAAGUCUUGACACCAGUAGGUGAAACUUUGGGGUGGCAAAGUAGGAUGGGCUGCCCCUGAUUGUAGGGCAACAACAUUUUGGGGGCCACAUGUUCCCCAGGCCUGUGUGAGAAAGAAGCAUCCCUGUCUGUGGUUCUCCAGUCUUGGUCUCAAACUGCUAUAAAGGUUUAAUAGUGACAGGAAAGUUAAAUGAGCAUGGUUUCAAACUAGAACUGAGAUAUGAAUUUCAACAGGGACAAAUAUAAGAUUCUGUACUUAGGCAGGAAGAACCAGAGUGGGGGCUUAAAGCUGGGUCCCCUCAGUCCUAGUCUACGACUACUUUAUACCAUCUCCAGAGCAUCUCACUUUCAAUAAAUCCUAUACGACUGAAAUAGACCAAUGAAUAUGCAUGUGUGGAAGUAUCAUUCUAUAAUGUUUGAAAAUUUAAAACAAGAUAUUUGUUUCCUUUAGCUGCCGGCGGAGACUACUGGAGACUGCUGCCUCCUGGUACAUACGUUGUCAGUGCUCAAGCUCGUGGCUACAGUAAAGUCCUGAAGAAAGUGACUUUGCCUGCCAAGAUGACCAAGGCUGGACGGGUGGACUUUGUCUUGCGACCCCUCCUUAGUAAGCCCCCUCGAAUUGGCCAUGGGGCCAUGGGCACAGCAUAUGAGCGUUAUGACCCACUGGAACACUUUGACCCUCAUGCUCAACAUGCCCAACCAGAACCAAGAGAUGAUGGAGGGCAGUCUGUCCAGCCGAGAGAAAAACCCUGGUGGUGGUCUUACUUCAGCUCUCUUGAUCAACACAAACCUUUGUGGCUGCUUAAACAUCACUAAACUGUUCUAUGUCGCACUCUUCAUCUGAGCACACUAGGAGUAAAUUGCAUUUCCAGCUCUACUUUUGAUGAUAACAGAAGUAUUUGAAUCCGAUUCCAUUGUGAAUAUAACAUUGCCUUGCUUUCCCCCUCCCUGCAUUUUCUUUACUUCAAAAUACAAAGAAAAUAUUAAAAUUAGUAUGCUCUUAAA